GCGAGAGGUCGGCGGACGGGAUGUCGGUGGUCGGCUCACUCACGGCCACCGCCGCCGCCGGGCCGCAGGCGCGCCCGCCGCUCUCCGACCGUUGCAGGGUGGCAGUGCUACUGCCGUAACGCCACACCAUGACGAAGAAGUUUGACUUUAACUGGCGCAUACUGCCAGAGGCACUCACACAAGGCUGUGUGCUGGACAGGUGGACAGAGGAGAAGGACAACGUCGACUUCGAGCCGCAGUGCCUGUUCCGAGUGGACGAGUAUGGCUUCUUCAUCUACUGGAAGAGCGAUGGAAACGACGCCGAUCUGCUGGAGCUCUGCCAGGUCAACGACAUCAGGGCGGGCGGUUUGCCUCGGGACCCCAAGCUGCUGAACCAGUUGCAGGCGCGCCACGGGGCUGACCUCGAGGCCAAGUCGCUGAGCAUCUGCAGUGGCACCGACAUGGUCAACAUCAACUUGCAGCACGUGAUCCUGCCCGAUGUGGAGACGGCCAAGGUAUGGCUGUCAGUUCUGCGCGCCGCCACACAUAACGAAGCCAAUAAUGUGUGCCCCAUGACAUGUCUCAUCAAGCAGUAA